AAAACGAACUCUGUCCCCGUGUGUGUGUGUGUGUGGCGCGCGUGCCCGCCCCCCGGGGGGGGGAAGGAGAGAGAGCGCGCACACGAGCCUGGAAAGAGAGAGAAAAAAAAGAGACCGUUCCUGUUCCGUUUCAAGAAACUUACCACCGCCCCCCCCCCACACUCCACACAAACACCCCCCACCCCAUCUCCUCCUCAAACCAGGCCGACAACAACAACAAAAAAACACCAUCUUAUUAACAAGGUGAUUAUCAACAUGGCAGACACGGACCUAUUCAUGGAGUGCGAGGAAGAGGAGCUGGAACCCUGGCAGCUCAUAGAAGAUGACGUUGUGGAUGAUACCGGUGGUGGGAUGUUGCUGUCUGCGACCAACAAUGUCACCACAGGUACAAAGGCGGGAAUGACACCUGUGAGCGUCGGUGACCUGCCGAACAAUGAAGCUGAGAAGAAGACAAUGCUGGCAGUCGUCUCCCCAAACAGCAAUGCUGGUGGUGCCCCUGUGAUGAACUCGAGCGGUCAGCCUCUGAUUGUAGCCCAGAACCCUCCUAGCCUCGGCUCCCAGAUGGCUGUGCCGCCAAUGUACCCGUCCACUGCCAUGCAGGUUUUGCAGGAUUCGAAGACCGGGGCGACCAGCAGUGUCUCAGGGCAGCCCAUCUUCAUCACCACACAAGGUUUCACCAUGAAGGAUCUGAGGUCUGUACAGAAUCCAGUUGGGAUUGUGCUGAAUGUCCAGGGUGGUCAGGGAGCUGUCCCGUACCAGACUAAACCUCUGACUUUAGUGCCAGGUACGUGGAACAAUGAGCCAGCAGCUACACAGUUUGUCAAGUCUGCGGUGGGAGUGCCUCAGCUGUGGUCCCCGGUCACAUCCAUCAGGCCAGCGACCAGCACCUUCCCGGGCUCGGUCACCACGGUGAUUCCGGCCACGGUGACCAUCCGGAGCACGGUGCCGCCCGUGACCCAGAAGACGCCGGCACAGACGAGCCCCACCCAGUCCCACCUGCAGCCCAAGUGCCUGACCCAGCCCAUGGCUUCCCUGGCGCCAUCCCAGCCCCCGCACUCUCACCUCCAGCCCCCGGCUCUGCCUCGGCCCCAGGCUCACCCCCACUCUCAGUCCAGCAUGCUGCACCAUCCGCACCCUCUUCAGCUUCCAAACCACGAUCACAAACUCGGAGGGUCGGUCACCGGAAGGGCACGCAUCGACGACAACCGGCAAAAGAGCCAGAAAGGGGCGGGAGAUGUGAACUUGCAGUCAGGAUGGGCCGAAUGGCCGCAGCCUCCUGCUAGCAGCUUCGUGAACUUCCUCCAGAACACUAAUCUCAUCCGGCUGAAGGCAACCGACUCCACGAGUCCCGAGAUCCGACCGAAGCCUGAGGAGGUGGUGAAGAGCAGCAUCCUCCCGCCGGUGCAGAUCACCACCAUCACUACCACGGCCGCAGCUGCCUCCCAGCUCAUCCACAAGAACUCGCUCAACCACACCACUCCCUUCAAACUGCCUGAGAGCAAUAUGAAUAAUGGGGUCCCCAUCCCAAUGGAUUGUCCGAAAUGCAACAUUCAUUUCAACAUCAUGGAAUCCUUGAAGGUCCACAUGGCAUACUGCUGCCCCCAGCUUUUGAAUCCUGCAACACCUAGCAAGGUGCCUCAGCAGCAACCCCACCCAGCCCCUCCUGCACCGCCCCCUCCCCCUCCACCUCCACCACCACCACCCCCAGCCCCUACCCCACCCUCAGUACCACAACAGCAGCAGCAGCAGCCGCCGCCGCAACAGCAGCAGCAGCCAUCGGCCAAGCUGGCUGAACCUUCGCAGGGCAAGCUGAUCAUGCUGGUGGACGAUUUCUACUACGGGCGGGAUGAGGGCAGCACCUACCAGAUGCUGCAGGAAAUGAAGACCAACACCACCUUCAGGUGCUUCAGCUGUCUGAAGCGACUGAAGAACAACAUCAGGUUCAUGAACCACAUGAAGCACCAUCUGGAACUAGAGCAGCAGAAUGAAGACACCAUUGAGAACCACACGACCUGCCAGCAUUGCUUCCGCCAGUACGCCACUCCAUUCCAGCUUCAGUGUCAUAUCGAGAAUGUGCACAGCCCCUACGAGACCACCACCAAAUGUAAGAUCUGCGAGCUAGCCUUCGAAACAGAACAGCUUUUCCUGCAGCACAUGAAGGACACCCACAAACCAGGAGAAAUGCCCUACGUCUGCCAGGUGUGUGAGUACCGCUCGUCGGUGUACUUGGAGGUGGAUAACCAUUUCCGAAUGAUACACGAGGACACUAAAAACCUGCUCUGCCCGUACUGUUUCAAAGUGCUGAAGAACAGCAGUGCCUACCAGCAACACUACAUGAAGCACCAGAAGAAGAGUGUCUACCCCUGUAAUAAGUGCAGACUCCAGUUCAUCAGUGCCAAGGAGAAAAUGGAACACAAGGUUGAACACCACAAGACAUUUAAGAAACCGAAGCAGCUGGAAGGAUUGCAGCCUGGUACCAAGGUUACGAUAAGGACCUCGAUGGGACAGGCCCGGGCCGCUGGUGGGCCCGUGCAGGAGGUCCCCACCAGAAAGGUCUACCCCCCGGUGAUGCCCCCAAAGCCACAGGAGCCCCCAGCUUGCUCAACUGUUCACACCAUCCCUGCGGUCGCCAAGGCCGUGCCCAAGGCAGAGAAGAGGAAGGCAGUGGAGAGGAUAAGCCCGUUGCUCAUUGACAUGCAGGACGUCAGGAAGCUGUAUGGUAACCAGGUCUGUCUGGAGUGCAACAUAGACAUCACUAACGUCAGCAACGUCAGCAACCACUUCCCCACUUACGUGCACUGCUCCCGCUGUCGGUACAGCACAAGCUGCAGCCGGGCUUAUGCUGAUCACAUGAUCAGUUACCACACUCAACGCGGGAAACCAAAAUACUUGAUGUUUGGAAAAGUGAAGAAAAGCGCGGUUCUCCUUGUCUGCACAUCCUGCACGUUCGCCGUGGAGACGGGAGACGGAGACGAGAUGGCCCAGCACUUAGAUCAGAACCCAGGCCAUGGACCCUGUUGCUUUGUGACCUUUUCUGUGGGGGAUCGCAAGGGCAAAGCAGCCAAAGUAAUGGAGGAGCCGCAGCCAGCCUCCCAGUCAAAGCUGACUGUCUCUGAUUCGGAAGGAGAAGAGGUAGGGAGUAGCAGUGUGCAGAACCCUCCAGCUGAGGAAGAGCAGAAAGAUGAAAGUCUGGAUCCAUCAGUCAGUGAGGUCAAGAAUCCGGUUGUCAAGUCUCAGCAAGUCAAGACCGUGCGACUGAGCACUGUCUGCUCCAGCAACUACAUCAACGCAAAGAUCAGCACGCGGCCAGCCCUCUCCAGCUCACCAACCCAACCCGCAGCCGCCAGCGACGGGAAUGAAUCAGGGGCAGGAGAAGGCCAGGCUGCCCCUCCAGACCCAGCGAGUCCAAUCUCCGUGGAGGAAGAGAGGAGCAGCCCGCCUCCCGUAUGCGUCGCUGAGGAUCACACCGCCUUCAGUCCGGAGCGUGCCGUAGAGGAGGAGAGCCGUCCGGGUCCCACCAGCGACACGGAGGACAAGAACGCUGUGGGGAGCCCGAUGCCCGUCGAAGAAGGCGACAACAACGUUUCCAAUCCCGCGAGCGACGAAGAGAACAAGAGCGUUUCGAGCCCCCCGCAGUGUGCGGCACUCGCUCGCGAGGCUGCCUCGAGUCCAGAGCCGGCCGAAGAGGAGAGCGAGUUGUCUAAGGCAGGCACCGACGGCGAGAGCCAGCCGCGAGAGUCCCCUCCCCAGAGGAAGUCCCUGUCCGAGCAGGAGGUCAAGGUGGUGCUGCACGCCCUGUGCUGCGGCAUGCGGGCUGCCACGGAGCGGUACGGGGAGUCCCGGAGCCGGGUGGAGCAGUGGCUGAACCAGUGCGCGCAGCAGCUUGACCUGCUGAGCGUGGACAGCGAGGCUGGGGCCUCGACUCUGCUCUCCCUGGAGGCUGAGGAGCGGCUGGUCGAGUGGGUGUUGCUGCAGAGGGAGAGGCAGCUGCCCCUCACCGAGGAGACCUUCCUGCUCCGGCUCUCCGAACUUCUGGGGUCCCCCGGCCCUGGCCCCGACCCCGACUCCUCCUCCCGCUGCCUCUGGGGGGUGGGCUUCCUCCUCAGGCACAACCUCAUCGCCUACGCCAAGAUCACUGUGGCCCGCCAGCUGCCCCGGGAGAUGGAGGGCGACGCCCGCAGCUUCCUGGAGUUCGCCCAGCGCCUGAUCGCCGGCCGCGAGUUCCCCCGCCGCAUGAUCGGCAACGUGGACGAGAUCCCGAUCUUCCUGGAGCCAGAGGUGCUGAGUCGGCCCGAGGGCACCCCGGGGGCCCUGGGGGUGACCGGCGACGGGCAGCCGCAGUUCGUGGUGGUCUUCACCCUCCUGGCGGACGGCGGCCUGCUGCCCACCAUGGUGUUCUCCCGGGGGGGACUGCCCCCUUGGCUGACGGUGCCCAGCGGCGUCCUGCUGGAGGUGAAGGAGGCGGGCCACGGCGAGUCGGAGGUGUUGGAGCUGUGGCUGAGCCGGGUGUGGCAGGGCCACGCAGCCCAGGCCCGGCGCGGCCGGAGCGCCCUGGUGCUGGACGCCGACCGCGGGCACCUCUCCGACGGCUUCAUCGACCGGCUCAGCCGCUGCUGCUCCCUGCCGCUGGUCGUGCCCGCCGGCUGCACCUCCCGGCUCCAGCCCCUCGACAUGUGCGUCAGCCAGGCCUUCCGGAACUUUCUGCAGAAGCGCUGGGCCGAGUACGCCCGCGAGGCGCGCUGCUACCGCGACGUCUACGGCGACGUGCUCCAGUCCCUGCUCAACUGGGUGGCCGAGGUCGCUGAAUUCGUCGCCGCCAACAGCGACCUGGUGCGGCAGUCCUUCGCGGCCGCCGGCCUCGUGCCAGGCACUGCCUCUGCCCAGCACCGGGCGGCGGUGCAGGAGGAGCUGGUCACCUUCUUGCAGGAGCAGCUGGAGCUGGGCGCCAGGCCGGAUGACGGCGCCGCUGGAGGAGACCAGGCCCCGGGCGCCCUGCCGUCUGACCCCAGGCUGCUGACCAGGCUCUUCGAGGCAGAGAGCGAUGCCGAGUCCUUCCAUGGUUUCCCCGAGAACGAUUUGUAAAUAACCCUGACCCGACCCUCCGGGGGUGGCCGGGCGGGAUGGGAGAG